AUGGCGCCAGCCAUCCCCACCACGGGUCUAGACCGGUCUCACUCUGGCGGCCCGACACACAAGCAACUCCGAGCCAGAGAGAACGCAAGUCAGUCCUGUGGAAGGCAUUCACGGAACGAGCCCGCGAUAUCCGCCGCGUCGACCUGUCGCUCUGACCGGCACCAGAAGCUAGUGAUAGUGCAGUGGCUGUGUGGUGAGGAGGUAAAAGUGUGUGCGAGACGACCUAUAGUGGCCCCCAAAUGCUUACCCUGCGCCGAAGGCAAAUCCUCUUUGAUGUUCAUGUUCCGCAGCAAAAAGGCAAACCUCACUAAGCGCCUGGUUAAAGCCCGGAAGAGACGGGGCAAUGAAACCAGGCGUACGGCUGAGGAGGAGACCGACAGCAUAAGCACCCUCCUCAAGAAGCUGCAGGAGAACCAGCUGGAGAUGCUGCUGAGGGCCAUCGACACUACGGGUAAGGACCUGACCAACUGCGUCCUUCUUCCCCAGGCAUUCGGAGAGGAGCCCCACGUCCUGUGUUGCCAGACCUGGAGGUGGCCCGACCUGAGGCAGGGCAGCGAGCUCAGGAGGCUGCCCAUGUGCAGGUCGGCCUCCGAUCCCGUCUAUAUUUGCUGCAACCCCUACCACUGGAGCAGGCUAUGUCAACCUGAGACGCCACCUCCACCGUAUAGCCGAACGAACGUGGAUCGGUUAAAACCUGAAGAUCGGGCCCCCAGCGAGGCACCUCUCGUAUGCAGAGAUUCCUACCCAGGUUCACUCACUACGAACGGAGAUUCCUGUAUGAAUCCGCAGGUGUGGUGUAAGUUGGCGUACUGGGAACUGUCACAACGUGUGGGUCCACCUUUUCCUGUAGAACCUACGGCUGUGAAUGUUUUUGGAGAUGAUCCCUAUGGUGAUGGUCUUAAUUUAGAAACCUUAGCUCAACAUAGUUUUAGUCCUCCCGAGUCAGUGCAGCAAGCUAGGCGUAAAAUUGGCUUAGGAGUAACACUGUCACACGAAGAAAAUUGUGUCUGGGUGUACAACCGCUCAGAAAAUUCGAUCUUCGUGAGCUCACUGACUCUGGAGGAUCCCGAUUCACCCUCACCUACAAAAGUACCUGCCGGCAACUGCCUUUGCAUCUUUGACCCUGUCAAGGCAGCUCAGCAAAAUUAUGGAUGGAAUUUCACCCAUCCCCAGUUCGGUCCCAUCGACCCAAAUUCUGUUAGGAUCAGCUUCGUGAAGGGCUGGGGCCAGAAAUAUUCCAGGCGAGAGAUAAUGUCCUGCCCCUGUUGGUUAGAAAUAUUGCUAGCCCCUUGUAGGUGAUUAAAAACAUUUUUGAUAGUAAUGAGGGCGUCAAGGAGAAGGAAGGACUUUGUUGUUAUAUUUUUUUGAGAAAAAAAUGUACAAAGGAGUACUAUUAUUAAUUAAUAUUGUGAUUAAAAAGCAAGUUUUUUGUACUAAAAUGAAAAAAGAAGAAGCAAGGCUGACAAUUUAAAAUUUUGUUUUUUGCACCUGAAGGUGGACGAAUUGUGCUGUAACAUUGUUUCCGUCCGAUUUUUGUAAUUUUUUUUACAAGGAAAAUGCCUGGUUUAAAACUAGCAUCGUUUCGAUCUGAAUAACAUUUAAAGAAUUUCAUAAAAAGCAUUCCAAUGAUUUUGAAUGAAACAUUACUUGAGGCGAACAAUAUUUUAUAUAUUAUUUUUUAACAUUACCUACCUGUAGAUAUUUAAUGUUAGAUUGAUAUAUUUUUUAAAGAAAAAGAAAAAUAUGAUUUUUAAGAGGACAAACGUGAUGGGGUAAUUGUCAUUUAUGAGGUUCUUGGUGAUACUUCAACGAGCGGAUUCAAAAACAAAAUUAAAACAGGUAUUUUCAGUUUUUGUGUAACUACCUCUGUAAGCGCAGGGUAGCCAAGAUGUGGAAACAAAAAAGUUUAUGUGCAGUUUUACAAAUUACUGUUGAAUCUGAGCGAAUAUGAACUUUUUAUUAAAUUGUAAAAGUUUGUACUAUUACGAACCCGUUGGUACACUUUCCCUAGUUAUUUCUUACUUCGCCUUAUUCAUAGCUCGGCGAGUGAGAAAUACUUGGAGGAAAAUGUUGUAUAAAAAUUGUAUUUAAAUUUUUUCAGAGCUAGACGUACUGAUGUAAAUUUUAGGAUGUUGAAAAUGCCUUAUUUACAUCUUAGAAGAAGAUGUACUUUAAAGGUUUAAAAUAUAAAUCAGUUUGUAUUUUGGUGCUUUGAGGCAUUAAGGAUGUCUAUGUAGUCAGGGACCACAAUCUCUUAAACUUGUUUCUGAUUUAAAAAAGCACUUUAUUUUUGUAUUACUCGCAUAGUAUGCACAUGUGGCCACAGUACAAUAUUAUCCUAAUAUUAAUAUGUACAUAAACGAGGAACAUAAGCUAGAAAUAUGUGGGUGUAGUGUAUAGUAAGCGGACGGGGUGUUUUCCAACUUUUUAACUACAUCACAAAAUAAAAAUAUGGGAUUCAUAUUUUUUCAUUGAAAUCUUAUAAAAAUAUGCGUUGUGACGUCAUUA